AUGUCUUGGAUAAAAAACGCUACAAACUUUCCCACCUCGUUGAUUAAAAAACUUUCAUGUGGGUUGUUACUUGCUGUUUCUCUAUAUGCCAUUGCACCCAGUCUAAGUGUCCUAGUAUUUAGAGAUUCUGAGCAGAGGAUCAGAAAAUAUACGACGGUGGGCUUAAUUAAUCGUGGAAAUGAUUGCUUCAUAACGUCAUCUCUUCAAGGCCUGGCCGGAAUACCUCGAUUUGUAGAAUAUUUGAGGCAAAUAAAAUCGAUUCUCCAAGAAUUAGAAUCCAAGCCAUCAAGAAAUGCAAAGGGGGACAAUCUCACAGCUGGUAACUUUCCAAGCCGCAGUGGGCUUGAAAACUCACCUGAUUCACUUGCCCCUCUACAUGAAAGUCUUACCAGUUUAAUUUUUGAUCUGGUAUCCGUGAAAGGAAGUAGGACGUCAAUUUCCCCAAAAAUAGUGAUAAACACGUUGGAGUCUAUCUUCAAGUCAAGGAUGUCAUCCAACCAAAAUGAUGCACAUGAAUUCACGCUAAUAUUACUGCAAACUCUGCAAGAAGAGCGCUCAAAAUUGGUCGACUACACUAAAAAUAUGUGCGAUUUAAAUAUGCCAAACUUUCCAUUUGAGGGCGAAACCUCCAAAUUUCUAGUGUGCCUUAAAUGCAAGGGAUCAUCAAAACGGUCAUAUCAGCAGACUUUUAUUCGUGAGUUGUCCGUACCACAACAAACAUCAGAGAAACUGUUCAAUAUUUUGGCCAACGAUGAAACAGAAAUUAUAGAGGACUAUUCAUGUUUGAUCUGUCAAAUAAGAGCCAUCUUAAGCCAUGAAGAAUAUAGAAACUUCAAGGAUUGUACCCCGGAUGAAAUGUUAAUUUUGGACACAUUAAGAGAUUAUGCGACUAAGGCCCCAAUUAAUAAAGAUUUACCAUUCGAAAUAGAACAAUACGUCAAGCGUUACUCGAAGAACAAUUUGCACGUAUCUAAUAUAAAGGGAAAGGUGAUAAAAAAGGAUAUAAUAGUACAACUACCGGAUAUUCUGAUAGUUCACUUAUCAAGAUCCACAUUUAAUGGUAUUACAUACUCUAGAAAUCCCUGUAACGUUAAAUUUGGAGAAAGAAUAGAACUUAUCGAAUAUACAUCAUCUGAGGGUGGAACAAUAACAGAAAACAGACAAAUCAAAUAUAAUCUGAAAAGUGUUGUGAAGCACACCGGUUCUCAUUCGCGUGGGCACUAUGUAUGCUAUAGGCAUAAGACCGAUAUUCGUUUGGGCACGGAGGAUGAAUAUUCCCUCCAAAGCGGGUCAGUUAUUGCCAAUGAAGAAGUUAACACCAGGAACCACGAUCAAAACACUGCACACAAACUCAGCAGAAAAAGCAGGUGCAAGAAAGUCGAGAACGCCUUGCAGUAUCCUUAUUGGCAAAUAUCUGAUACAACUAUAAAAGAAAGCACCACUUCAACUGUCUUAAAUCAACAGAAGUAUGCUUACAUGCUAUACUACGAACGUAAAUAA